AUGACCGAUCCGGACUUGAAGAACGCGAUUUUGCGGCUGACGGACAUAUUGGCCAAGCAGCAGGAGACCCUCGAACGGUUGCAGAACCCGGGUCAUCCGGCUGGCGGCGCAGAACGGAUCGUCGAGUCGCUGGCAAGCGGAAUUCAAGAGUUCCAGUACGAUCCGGAUGCCGGAGUCUUCUUCGAUGGCUGGUACGGGAGGUACGAGGACGUUUUCACCAAGGACGGCAAGGACCUCGACGACCCCGCUCGAGUGAGGUUGCUUCUACGGAAGCUUAGCACGCCCGUCCACGAAAAGUACACCAACACGGUUCUUCCCAACCAUCCCCGGGAUUUCACGCUGGCGCAGACCGUUGCGAAGCUCAAGAAGCUCUUCGGCCGGCAGAAAUCCGUUUUCCACGCCCGUUACCAGUGCUUGCAGUACGCCAAGAACGACGCGGAUGACUUCACGACCUAUGCUGCCACGGUGAACAAACACUGUGAAGCGUUCCAGCUCUCCAAGCUUUCCUCGGACCAGUUCAAAGCGCUCCGGUUCGUCUGUGGACUCCAAUCGCCACGGGACGCGGACAUACGAGCCCGACUGAUCUCCAAGCUUGAAGCCGACGAAACCGCAGCUGUCGAAGCAGCUGCAGCAGGCGCUGCCGCCGGCGACGCUGGCGCAGCAGGCGUUGCUGCCCGAAGCAGGGUGACCCUGGAGAACCUCGUGGAAGAGUGCCACCGUGUGGCCAACCUGAAGCAGGACACGCUGAUGGUGGAGAACAAGGAUGCACGCAACGUCAACGUUGUGUCUCGCAACCAGAAGAAGCCUGCCUCGCAGGGGAAACCAAAAACCCCGAAAACGCCCUGUUGGAAGUGCGGGGACAACCACUACGUUCGAGAGUGUCCGUUCGCUUCGCACACCUGUUCCAGAUGCAAGCAACAAGGACACAAAGAGGGCUAUUGCUCCAGCAACAAGCCCACCACCUCGAAGCAGACGAAGCCCAAGGAGAACGUGAGGUCGAAAGGUAUCUUCACGGUCUGCAACAUCGGAAGCAAGCGGAAGUUCGUUCCGGUCGAGCUCAACGGCACAGCAGUCAAGCUCCAGCACGACUCGGCGUCCGACAUCACCAUCAUUUCGCAAGAAACAUGGACCAGCAUCGGACAGCCAGCCGCUCGACCCACCGACGAAUCUGCUGUCACGGCUUCCGGAAGCAGCCUCAACCUUCUCGCCGAGUUCCAGACCGAGAUCACCAUCGGAGGCGUCACCAAGCGUGGACGCAUCUUCAUCUCGGACAGCGCCGAACUCAACGUCCUUGGCAUCGAGACGAUGGAUCUUUUUGAUCUGUGGUCUAUUCCGAUCAACAACUUGGUCAACGCCGUGCACCAACGCCCCGACCAAGUCAUCGAGCAACUCAAGCAGCAGUUUCCGGAGGUGUUCCGAAGCACGCUGGGUAGAUGCACCAAAGCGCAGGUGAAGCUGUACCUCAAGCCCGACGCACGUCCAACCUACUGCCCGAAGCGACCAGUGGCGUACGCCGCUCUUCCGAAGGUGGACGCAGAACUGCAGCGGCUCCAGGACAACGGUAUCAUCUCGCCAGUUCAAUUCUCGGACUGGGCAGCUCCGAUAGUCGUCGUGCGCAAGGCGGACAACGUCUCCGUCAGGAUUUGCGGUGACUACUCGACGGGGCUGAACAACGCGCUUGAAUCUGACCGUCACCCGCUGCCUCACCCCGACGACCUCUUCGCGGAACUGGCUGGCGCACACUUCUUCACACAUCUCGAUUUGUCUGACGCCUACCUGCAGGUCGAGGUCGAAGAGGAAUCGCGAAAGCUGCUCACCGUGAACACGCAUCGUGGCCUGUUCCAGUACAACCGACUGCCGCCUGGAGUCAAGCCGGCGCCUGGAGCCUUCCAGCGCAUCACCAACAGCAUGGUUGCCGGCAUUCCUGGAGUCAAGACGUACCUGGACGACAUCCUCAUCGCUGGCCGCACCAGAGAGGAUCACGAUCGCAGUCUUCGCGCUGUUCUCGAGCGCGUGCGUGAGUAUGGCUUUCACUUACGCAUCGAAAAGUGCCGUUUCGCCCUGCCACAGAUCAAGUUCCUCGGACACAUCGUGGACAAAGACGGCAUUCGGCCCGAUCCAUCCAAAACGGAGGCCAUCGCCCAGAUGCAGCCGCCGAAGGAUGUCCAGCAGCUGAGGUCCUACCUCGGCGCAAUCAACUACUAUGGACGGUUCGUGAAGCAGAUGAAGCAACUCCGGGCUCCCCUGGACAACCUGCUCAAGAAGGACGCACCCUGGCGCUGGUCCGCAGAAUGCCAGAAAUCGUUCGAGCAGUUCAAGGCCAUCCUGCUUUCCGAUCUGCUGCUCACCCACUAUGACCCGUCCAAGGAGAUCGUUGUCGCAGCAGAUGCAUCGAAGUACGGCCUCGGCGCCGUCAUCAUGCACCGAUUCCCGUCCGGUGAGGUGAAGGCCAUCGCGCACGCCUCUCGCUCACUGACGCCAGCGGAGAUGAACUACGGACAAGUGGAGAAGGAAGCCCUGGCCCUGGUUUUCGCUGUCACGCGAUUCCACAAGAUGCUGUACGGACGCCACUUCCUCCUGCAAACCGAUCAUCAACCGCUGCUCAAGGUAUUCGGCUCGAAGAAAGGCAUUCCUGUCUACACGGCGAAUCGUCUUCAACGCUGGGCCUUGACGUUCCUGCUGUACGACUUCGACAUCCAGCACGUUUCGACGACGGCUUUCGGCUACGCUGAUUUCCUCUCCCGGCUGAUGUCAUCCCAAAGCCGGCCAGACGAGGAUUACGUGAUUGCCGCCGUCUACGUCGAAUCCGAAGCCAGAGCCAUCCUCGACGACUCAAUCAGCAACCUUCCAGUCACUCACAAGAUGAUCGUGGCUGAGACGCGAAAGGAUCCAGUUCUCCAGCAAGUGGUGAGUUUCCUCAACGAAGGUUGGCCAGCGAGCGCCAAGCUGAUUGCUGACCCUGAUGUCAGAAAGUUCUUCGCUCGGCGCGAUGGACUCCAAGUCGUCGACGACUGUGUGAUGUUCGGCGAUCGGAUCGUCGUGCCCCUCAAGUUCCGCAAACGGAUCAUUCGCCAACUGCAUCGUGGACACCCAGGGAUGGACCGCAUGAAGUCUCUGGCCCGCAGCUACGUUUACUGGCCGAACGUAGACGACGAUGUGGUGCAGUUUGUUCGCCAGUGCAAACCGUGCGCUGCUGCAGCGAAAUCCCCGACGAAGGCGACCCUCGAGUCGUGGCCUCUCCCGGACAGGCCGUGGCAACGUGUCCACAUCGACUACGCUGGACCAGUCGAUGGUUACUACUACUUCGUCAUCGUGGAUGCCUACUCCAAGUGGCCCGAGAUCUUCCGCACUCGUGCCAUAACCGCAACUGCAACCCUGGACAUGCUUCGUGAGACCUGUUCCUGUUACGGCAACCCGGACGUCCUGGUCUCAGACAACGGAACGCAGUUCACCAGCGGGCAGUUCGAGGAGUUUUGCCGUGCAAAUGGUGUCGCCCAUCUCCGCACUGCGCCCUACCACCCGCAGUCAAACGGCCAAGCGGAGCGAUUCGUUGACUCACUCAAACGUGGCCUCAAGAAGUUGAGUGAGGGGGAAGGCUCGCCCACACUGGAGCACUUGCAAACGUUCUUGUCGGUGUACCGUUCCACGCCCAACCGGAACACACCGAACAUGACGUCUCCAGCUGAAGCAUUCCUUGGACGACCCGUGCGCACCACACUGGAUCUGCUGAAGAAGCCUGUUUCUGCCACGCCGGUCGCCGUCAACCACAAGCAGAACGAGCAGUUCAACCGUCGGCAUGGAGCCGUCAAGCGCGAGUUCAAGGACGAUGACCUGGUCUACGCCGAGUACCACCAGCGCAACACCAAGUCCUGGAUUCCUGGCCGUGUCGUCGAACGGAAAGGUUCCGUCAACUACAUCGUGCAGCUGGACCUGGAAGGAAGACAGAGGAUCGUGAGUUCGCACGUCAACCAGUUACGCCCUCGCUACGAUGCUGAAGUUCCUGACCAAGUCCAACAACGUUUACCGUGGGAGAUCCUGAUCGAAGAAGCUCGACCGAUGCUGCUAGCCGACCAGGAAGAACCUGAAGUUCCCAUCGAGAUCGACAUUCCUGUUCCAGACAGUCCCGCACCACCGGCCCUGCCUGGAACCGAAGAUCCACUGGAAGGUGGAUCUGGCACAAACCACUUUGUGCUGCCUGAAGAAGAUGCCGUACCCGCCGACAAGCCCGUAACGUCGCCGAAGCCGCCGACACCGGUACUUCCUGUUGGUCCACGACGUCCCAUUCGACCAUCCAGAAUUCCACGGUGGCUGAAUUUGUACGACAUCUCUUAAGGGGGAGAUGUAGCAGGCCUUGACCUGCACAGCUGAUGCAAGUCAGUUCAAUCCCGACUAGCAAACCAGUCGGAUGCAAAUAAACAGUUUUUCCGCUACAA